UUGUUUUUAUGAAUAGGGAAUUAUUUAAAAUUUGAAGAAUUUACUUUUUUGACUGAGUAGAAAAAAAGAUAAAGAACAAACAUGCAUCGACUGUUAUUUUUCAUUGGUAUCGUUUUUACGGUUUGUCGACAAGCACAUGGUGACUGCAAUACCGUUAUCAAAGAUCUAAACAUUGUCAGUGAAAGAAUCCUUGAGUACAACGGGUGCGGAGACUUGGCAGCGGCUGUAGCUGACCCAUCGUUCCCUACUUUCCCUGACAUGGAUAGUUCUGAUGCCUCUGCUAAAGCGAUCGAAUUUGUGAAGAGUGCUGCGGCAUGUUCUGGAUGCGGCGAUGUUGAUGAAAGCAAAGUUACACCCGAAGUGGUUGCCGACCUCGUCAUUUCCAUUCUAGACACUGGCAUGAAGGAAGCAUGGAAAAAAGUAUCUAAAGCGGAAGGGUUCGGCACCACUUACCUGCUGGCAAAGCCUGAUAAGGUAAAGAAAGAUUCGUAUAAGACGGAAAUUGCAAACCGAUGUGACAACUUAGUUGCUAACGCGCAAGGGUUGCAAGAUGAGUACGACAAACUUGGAAGCAAGGCAGCAGACUAUGGAAAAAAGGACGCGAAAAACUUCAUCAAAGCAGCAAAUGAAUUUUUGAACGGCGAUGGCGCACCAAAGAGCGGCGCGAAGAAUAAAAAAGCACCGGGUUCGGGAACAUCGCUCAAUUGCAAAAAUCCAAAAUAACACCAAACAAGGCACUGAAUCAAUAACUGUUAGAAAUAAAGUAAUUUUUUUUUUUCAUUAAUUUUGUGGGGCAUGGUGGGGCACUGUAAGAAAGUACUGUAUAAGAAAUAAUCGUGAUUUUAAAUUGACCACCUAAUUACAACACAUACUUGUUUGGUUGAAUUAUUGCCAGCUUAAUUACUGUAAAAAACAUUGAAUUUUACACUAUAUUUCUAACAGCACGACAACUCAAUGAAUAUGACCAAAACUUUAUAUUGUUUCAGAACCUAUCUUUUGAUUGUUUUAAUUUUUUCUAAUAAUCAAUAACUCUGAAUAAAAACCUACAUCUCUGAGUAAUUUUGGGUUUUCGUGUAAAUGAAUUAACGUCUACUAUAACAACAUUUGUUAAUACCGAUAAAUAUUUUGAUAUAAUAUAUAUAUGUCUUAGCAUAUAUCAUUAUUUGGCCGGUUCUGAUGCAAUAUCUAUUUUUUUUUAUUUCGCUUUCAAUUCGGCCUGCUCUUAGUUUGCAAUACCUUAGCUAUGCUUCUGCUUACACUAUAAGAAAACACUGCGUUUUAUAUUGACACUGCCUGCCGUAACACAAUCGUUGAGGUCCACUAAUAAUGUCUUUUGAUGGAAACAUCGAAUUUACAACUUUUAUAACUUACUUCAAACCUUUUAGUUUAUAUAUAUUAUAAUGUCAAAGCAUAUCAUCAAACUCAAUUCCAUUUCAAGUACAAUACCUCGAAGCAGCUUCUUGCGCAUGCAUGAGAUUUUCUCGCAAAUAACUCCCCGUUAAUCAGAAAAACAGGCUUUACCGUCGUAUAUAAAUUGUCCGUGUUUUCUUACAAGUGAUUUUUGCUUCUUUAUCUCCUAAUCAUAAUCGACCAAUUUACGAUCAGCAAUUUUUUUAAAUAUGCUCGAUGGUUUUGAUUAGCCGGAUACGAUUUUCAGAUAAAAAUUUUGCCGCUUUAUCUGCUCCGCUAUGCUUUAUAAAAAGAUAUUGAGAUUUGCUUUUUUGAGAAAAAAGUCUCGCUUUUUAAAUUAAAAUACAUAUUAUUAUAAAUCAUAAUAUUAUAAACAAUUUACUCGAUACAUCCAAGAAUCAAAUUUGGGUUGUUUCCUCUACAUAGUGUAUUUAUAUGUUCUCUUCAAAUUUAUCUAACAAGUUGCAAUUUCUGUUUUAUAUUGUGUUCUUCUUCUGAAUCUUACCAAUUUCAGAUUGCAAGACUUUAUUUUUCAGUCAAAUCUCGACAACUUAGCGCUCUGCUUUUAGUUUUAGUUGCAAUAAAUUAAAUUCCCUGCGCA